AUGCCGCACAGGGAGAAGGAGUGUCUCCUGCCCGUUGACCGCAGCCUCCGGAGUGUCGUCGUGCUGCGCUCGUGGAGGUGGCAGAACCACGAGUGCAUCAACUGUCUGAGGCCCGUGCCAACGCACGUCUGCUUCGACUUCCGCACCUUCGUCUGCACGGCGUGCGCCGGCGUGCACCGGGAGUUCGGCCACCGGGUGGCGCCCGUGCGGCGCUGGAAGUGCACGGAGCAGGAGUACUCUGACCUGCUCCGGGGGGGCAACGCGCGGGCUGCUGCUGAGCUGCUGGCCAAUUGGGACGAGGAGCUAUUCCCGAGGCCCGACACGGGCAGCGGGGACGUGGAAGCAGUGCGCGAUUUCAUCAGGAAGGCCUACGUAGUCAAGUGCUGGCAGAGGCAGCCACCCCCGCAGAAGUACAGGGCUGGCGAGCUGGCCGAGAGGGAGCUGCCCGCGCAGACGCCCAGGACCUUCUAG